GGCGCGGGCCCCUCGUUCCCUCAGCCCCGCGCAUGCGCAGCCGGCGGGGCGGAAGGGGCGAGCCCGGGCGGGCCGCCUCGCCGGAAGCGGCGCCGAGGACCCAUGGCGGCGCUGGUGCGAGCCGCGGGCUGCCAGACUGGAGUGACUCAAUGGAUAGCAGCAUGCAGUGGAUUAUUACAGACAACUGGAUCCCAGGGCCAGUGUAGACGGAUGCUCUGUGGUGUUUUCCAGAGACACAAGGCUGGCCAGUUCCGACUGUCUAAAUCCUGUGGUGGAUUGAUUAAAGCCAAUGGAGCCAUUACACAGCAAAACAGAUCGUUUUACAACACAAAUAAGCAUCUUUCUGCAAAAGACUCCUUGCAGCCGUCUGAAGAGAAAGUGGGUACUUUCACGAGGAUAAUAGAAGCAAUGGGUUUCACAGGACCACUGAAAUAUAGCAGAUGGAAAAUUAAGGUAGCAGCGUUGCGCAUGUACACAUGCUGCGUGGAGAAAACUGACUACGAGGAAUUUUUUAACAGGUGCCAAAUGCCUGAUACUUUGAAUUCGUGGUUUCUAGUCGCCCAGCUUCAUGUCUGGAUGUGUCUGGUGCGGAUGAAGCAGGAAGGUCGCACAGGAAAAUACAUGUGUCGCUAUAUAGUUCACUGCAUGUGGGAGGAUGUUGAACAGCGUGGUAAGGUGAUGGGGAUUAAUUCUGUUGCUCUAAAGGAAGAUUUGAGAAGCAUGGUAGAAAAUUUCUAUGCAGCUCUGUUUGGAUAUGAUGAGGGAAUCUUGUCUGAUGAUCACGUCCUGGCGGCAGCUCUUUGGAGAAACCUUUUUAACAAGAACUGUGAGGACCCUCGGCAUCUGGAAUUACUUGUAGAGUACGUGCGCAAACAGGUGCAGCACCUGGAUGCGCUGAGCGGGGAGGACCUGCUGCUGACGGGCGAGGUGAGCUGGCGGCCGCUGGUGGAGAGCAACGCCCGCAGCAUCCUCAAGCCCCAUUCCCCUGUUUACAAUGACGAAGGACUCUGAGGGCGCCAGCGCCUGCCACUUCUAUCAGUGGGGUCAGGAAGGAAAAUCUGCUGUUGAAAAGAAAAUAUGUAAUUAGAUGUCCUAUCCGUGGUGACUCAGUAGCAGAUGGGACAUCUGUACUCUUCUGAAUAUUCACCUGCCAAUAAAUGCUAGUUGGUUUGAGAACCUCUGCCCUUUUUAUGGCACCGAGGGCUCCUCGCUGACAAACUGAAAGACCUGCCUUCUGUCUUUAGGGAACCAGAUGUUUUACCAUGACUUAGAGUUAUCUCAAGGAGACACUGCUGUCCUUUGCCUUCUUUGGAGAGCUGCUACAUGGAGACACAGCAGUGUUCCUCUGCUCGCUGAAUGGUGGUGAAUGCAAAUCUGAGCUUUGCCUAUUAGAUGUUAAUGUAUUUUAAAAGCCUGGUAUCAAGACGGAAUGGUCCGUUUUUGCUUUAGUGGAGUUAAGAAUUGCUUUAACAGAUUCUGAAGGGUUUUCUGUGAAAAUCCUUUUUAGGAACUCUCUGCUGUGUUGCACAGGGAUAGGAGGAUGCAAAGAAUAAUGCACAGUCCCUAGUAAUCCCCUACGACUCUUGUCGUUAUAAUGAGAAUAAAGUCCAAAAUGUGGCUGGGCUGUCACUAAUAUCUGCCUCAGAUACUCGGUAUUUCAGUCUGCCUUGCUGAUAUUUCCAUGUUCUCUUUAGAGUUAUGGUCUAAGAAUUCCUUUAUGAAAAGAACUUCCCUGGUUCUGCCCAUGGCUCUCGGUGGGACGGGACCGUGCUGUCCUCCCUCCCCCAAAGCAGUGGUCCAGGGCCUUUUAACAAGACCUGUCAACGCCAGUGAAAACUUUAUGUGGCCGUGCAGGCAGAUGACGCCAAGGUAGUAAUUACAGGAGCAAGAGCUCCGCUGAUGAGGUCAGCAGAGGCCGAGGUGCACCGCGCAGGGGGAUGGUUCACCGGGCUGUUUCCAGGUCAGUGACAAAAACAGUUUUCAUUUCUCUCCUGUCUAAAAUCCUACUCCAUAAUAAAUGUCAGUCUGGGCGACAUUGAA